ACGUAAGAACAAUAUAAAGCUUCUAUUUUCAUAUAAUGUGAAUUUUUUUAUUACUUUUUAUUGUUCCAAAUUAAAAUAUAAAGUGGUAAUUAGUUGGUCGAUGAACUAUGCGUAUUUGGAGGGUUGAAAAUAUCUCUUUUAAACAUAUAUGCUAUGCUUUUAAGACAAGGUCGUUUAGUUAAACCUUUCCCCAUUUUCAAGGGCUAUAAGACUAUUUAUCUGACUUAAAUUUAGGACAUAUUCUAAUCCGAAAUUGCUAUUUAUAAGGCGAUGCAGUUAGGAUUAAUCACUCAGAUUAUGACUAUAAAAUUCCCGUCUCCAAAAUCCAUUUACUCACCAACCAUUAGCAACAACAUAAGAAGAAGCAGAAACAAAACAAAAAAAUACUUAAUCGGGAAAAAAAUCUGAACAAUGGCGACGAUAUCACCACAUUUAGCAACGGCACUUCUAGCGACACACCUUUUCUCCGUCACAACAGCAGACCCUUCCUCCUCCUCUACGCCGGCCUUUCCCAACGACGUCUGGGUGCCGCCGCUCAUCUCCGAAAACACCUGGGUGUCGCUAAAGAGCUACCAACUGCAAUACAGGUUCAACAUCGACGUCGCACGUUUCGCGGUGAUCUCGUACAACGACCAACACUCCAAGGAGCCGCCACUGAACCUCUUGAGCUUGGACGAAGGCGAGAUUCUCGCCGCCGGAUCGGGCAUCGUGUACCAUCUCUACCUGACCGCCGCCACCCGCGCUCGCGAGGAGACCAAGUACCAAACGUUCGUGUUCGUGGAUCCGAGAUCGAGAUCGAAUACGAGGCAGCUGCUGUUCGUUCCCCGAUACAACAAUUCGGUCGUGUCUGAAAGCUCGUGGAAGACGAUCAAGCUCGAGUUGUUAAAAUCACACAAGAUUCGUGACAUUGCGUGGUUUGCGAUUAGACAGCACGUCAGUGUGUUUCUUCCGAUCGGGGACGAGAUGAUGCAGCUGGUGAGCGUGGACGAGGGCGAGGUUCUGGCUGCUGGAGCCGGAGGGCUCGUGUACCAUCUUUACUUAACUGCUAAAAACAAUGCGCGUCAUAAGUUGAGGUACCAGACGCUCGUACUUGUUCAUCCGGGAGCGAGGUGGCAGUCACUGCUGUUUGAGCCCUUGUAGAUUGAUCAGUGGAUUGGGUAGCAGGAUAAGAAGGGAGCGAGCUAGGGUUUCUUUUUUUUUUUCCCUCAAUCGUUUCGAGUGGUUCAGUGUAGUUCUUAUGAAGGCUCCUUUGACAUGGUUUAAAUGUAGAGGAGUGGAAUAAUAAACGAAGAUAUUAUGUUCGUUACAAAAGCGUCAGCAAAAGUUACAUAUUAGCUAGGGCCUAGGAAUCCUUAAAAAGCAAUAAUGUAAAAAAACUGAGGAGUCUGAUUGAGUUACUUACCUGGAGCAGUUACGCCAUUACAAAAGGUGGGCAAUUGUAAUUAAUUAAGAAACCACGAAAACCUUUCAACUUCCCUAAACUAAGAAAAUACUAAACGACAAAAAAGUAAAUACUAUAACAAAAAAACUAAGUAAAUGCUAAAUUAAUUA